AAACAAUACGAGUGGCCGUCAGUACAAAAGAUAGUCUCAGUUUUUUCCUUGAAUUGUUUGGUGUUUUGUUCGAAAUUAAAAUUAAAGAAAAUUGCUUCAUUAAACAUAAUUUCUAAAAAAGUGUAUAGAAUUAAAUUAAAAGUUCAUUUUGCAAAAAUUCUAAAUAAUAACAGUUAGUCAUAAUGAUGAUGGAAGACAUAGAAAGUGAAGAAGUGAAAAACUUACAAAUUGAAUUUGAAUGGGUUAUGCGGGAUGAGGUUCAUUCGAUUUUAAAGAAGCUCAGAGAAAUUUUGGUGGAAUGUGCCCGCCGCUUUCCAGUGCCACUGUACGAUAAUGAGGGCAAACGUACUGAAAAAUUUCAUUUGGUUGCGGCACAGGACCAACUGAAAUGUUCACUGACAUUGACCGGAGAUAGCAUUACACAAGCGGAAAUUAGUUUUAAAUUAAAACGUUCCUCAUCCCAAAUCCAACGAACUGCAAUAACAUCAGAAGCUCCCUGGAAAUUACAACAAGUACAAGAUGCUGCCAAUCAUUUACAACAGGCCAUUAAUCAUAUUGACAAUGUUGAUGAAAAUUAUAAAUUUCGUUCCUCCGAAGAAGUUCUGCAAAUUAUUGGCGAAUUAAUUGGAGCCCUACAACGAGGACGUACUAGUCUUAUAAUACCAAAGAAAAAAUCCAUUGAUGACCUGAUGAAAGGUCGUAAUAUGAAAUCCUUAGCGCCAAAUUUACCCGAAGAUCAAGCAAUAUCCUUCUUCUUGCAAUGCCAUAAAUUGAUAAUAGCCGUAUAUCAACUACUAAAUGUCCAGGGCACGGUUAAAAUGGAGGCAACCCAAGCGGAAUGUUCGGUUGGUUGGCUCAACGAUGUCCUAGUGCUGUUUACGGUUGGUCUAACACUGUGCCAACAACUAAAAGAUAAAAUGAACGCAUUUAAAAUCAAUAGUAUUAUAAGUUAGUAAAAUUUUGAGUUGAGUUCUUUCGUUUGCAUUUUGUUGAAUAUGCAAGUUGUUCUAUUUAUAUAAAUGUGUAUUUUAAAUGAAUACUAUAUAAUUUUAGUCAAACUUAUCCUUAUAUACAUGAAUAUAUAAAAGUACUAUGAAAAUAAAAUCUACAAAAAAUAAAGUUAAAUAUAUUUAAAAUUCAGUGAAAUCAGUUGUAAAAGUAAACAUAUAAGCGGUCAAAAGAAUUCUGCUGCAGAGGUAUUUGUUCUUCAUUUACAUUCUGCCCAGAUAGUUUUGUUAAAAUAUUUUUGACCCCAGAUAUGUUCGCAUAUACACACUGCAUGUACUUAAUAAAUAAAUAAAAAAAACAACCGAAUGAAAAUAUUGUGAACAAAAUCACUAGUUUAAUAAGUUAUUAAAGUUGUUAUUGUAUUUAGAAUAUAAUUAAAUUAUAAUUUGGAGAAAUUAAAUGAAGAAAAAGAGAUAAAGUUAAAAAAUCUACAUUUAACAUAACAUAAAUACAUUUAACAAAGAAGCAAUUGUUUUUAGGUGACGAUUUCAAUGAACAAGAAUACAAAAAUAUAUAUUGACGUACGUAUUAUUAUACAUAUAUAUCUAAAACAUAAACAUGAAAUACAUUCACACGUAAUUUAUGCAUAAAUUUAAAAAAAAUAUGACAAUAACUUUUAAGCAAGAACAGCAGAAGUAUGUAGAAAUCUAACAAAAAAACCAACCAACUAAUUGACAACGUAUUAACGGCAAAGUAAACGUAUUUUAAGAGAAACAAAAACCAGAAGCUUAUUGUAUUCCAUAAUUGAUUUUAUUGUUUAAUGUAUAACACAGAAUAUACUUAUAAAUAUGACAAAUUAAUAAUGUUUUCUUUUAUAUCAUCAUUAUAUCUAUAUAACCUUUUUUUUUUGUAAAAUCUCUUAUUUAUAUUCUCUCCAUUAAGAUCUCAGAAAAAGUAUUGUUGAAAAAUUUGAAAUUUUUCGUUUUAUUCAAUGUCCAUUUUUUCGAAUAACUUCUAUCUAUUUUGAAAUGCAUUGAAAUUAAUAAUAAAGAAGAAAAUAUAUGAUGAUAA